UUCGCCGGGGCCGCAGCGCGGCGGCAACAUCACUCUCGCGCCGCUGCUCCGCCCCAUCCCCUUCUGUUUUUCUCUCAUUCUCGGGUGGCGGCGGCGCUGAAGGCGGAGGCAGAGGCAGCAGCAGCCGCCUUGGCUGCAAUGAAUGAUCCCCCAGCCGAGGGGGAGGACUCCAGGUGAGCCUCUGCCCUCGGGAGGGCCGGGACCCCCCGCCGCCCAGGAUCCGCUGCCUCCGCUAUGGAUCCCUAGAGCAAGGAGGAGGAGGAGAAGACAGCUCUGCUGCCCACCCCCAUCCCAUUUUCCUCGUCCUUUAUCUCAUUGUUGCGGUCGCUGUUUACCGCAGCGCUGCCUCUGCCCCAGCAUGGGGCGGGCUCCGGGCACUGCCAUUCGGCCGGUAGUGCUCCUGCUGUUCCCUCGGCUGCCCGGGGAUUCUGCCUAAUUCUACCCCCCUGGCCGGUGCAGCAACGACCGGAGAGCAGUGGAGGCCCGGACUGCAGCAGCGGUGGUGCCAUCUCCCCGCAUCCCCACCCUAGGAGGCUGCAGGCGGAUUGAAGAUCGACGCCUGGGGGCUGGGCUGGCCCCGCGGAUCCGGACCUAGGGAGGAGGACAGAAAGACCGUCCAGGCUGCAGAGGGGAGCGGGGAGGGGCAGGAAGGGCAGAGCAGCAAAAUGGCCAGUAAAACCAAGGCCAGCGAGGCCCUCAAGGUGGUGGCCCGGUGCCGCCCCCUCAGCCGGAAGGAGGAGGCUGCUGGUCACGAGCAGAUCCUAACCAUGGAUGUGAAGCUGGGCCAGGUGACCCUGCGCAACCCCCGCGCUGCCCCGGGGGAGCUGCCCAAGACCUUCACAUUUGACGCCGUGUAUGACCCCAGCUCCAAGCAGGCAGACCUCUAUGAUGAAACUGUGAGGCCCCUGGUAGACUCGGUGCUUCAGGGUUUCAAUGGUACCGUGUUUGCCUAUGGGCAGACAGGCACUGGCAAGACCUACACCAUGCAGGGCACCUGGGUGGAGCCCGAGCUCCGUGGGGUCAUCCCCAAUGCCUUUGAGCACAUCUUCACCCACAUCUCCCGCUCCCAGAACCAGCAGUACCUGGUCCGGGCCUCCUACCUGGAGAUCUACCAGGAGGAGAUUCGAGAUCUGCUCUCCAAGGAGCCAGGCAAGAGGCUAGAGCUGAAGGAAAACCCUGAGACGGGUGUCUACAUCAAGGACCUCUCCUCCUUUGUCACCAAGAAUGUCAAGGAGAUUGAACAUGUGAUGAACCUGGGGAACCAGACCCGAGCAGUGGGCAGCACACACAUGAACGAGGUCAGCUCCCGCUCCCAUGCUAUCUUCCUCAUCACGGUGGAGUGCAGUGAGCGUGGCUCUGAUGGCCAGGACCACAUCCGUGUGGGCAAGCUCAACCUGGUGGACCUGGCUGGCAGUGAGAGGCAGAACAAGGCAGGCCCCAACACAGCUGGAGGGACAGCCGCCCAGUCCUCGGGGGGCAGCGGUACCAGUGGAGGCAGUGGUGGUGGUGGAGAGAGGCCUAAGGAAGCCUCCAAGAUCAACCUGUCACUGUCUGCCCUGGGCAACGUGAUUGCUGCCCUGGCAGGCAAUAGGAGCACACACAUCCCCUACCGGGACUCCAAGCUCACCCGACUGCUCCAGGACUCUCUGGGGGGAAAUGCCAAGACCAUCAUGGUGGCCACACUAGGGCCAGCUUCUCACAGCUAUGAUGAGAGCCUUUCCACCCUGCGCUUUGCCAACCGAGCGAAGAACAUCAAGAACAAGCCUCGAGUGAAUGAGGAUCCCAAGGACACGCUGCUGCGGGAGUUCCAGGAAGAGAUUGCCCGCCUCAAGGCCCAGCUGGAGAAAAGGGGGAUGCUGGGGAAGCGGCCCCGGAGGAAGAGCAGCCGCAGGAAGAAGGCUGUGUCUGCCCCAGCAGGGUACCCUGAGGGGCCAGUGAUCGAGGCCUGGGUGGCUGAAGAGGAGGAUGACAACAACAACAACCACCGCCCGCCCCAGCCCAUCCUGGAGUCAGCCUUGGAGAAGAACAUGGAGAAUUACCUACAGGAGCAGAAGGAGAGGCUGGAGGAGGAGAAGGCAGCCAUCCAGGACGACCGCAGUCUGGUGAGUGAGGAGAAGCAGAAGCUGCUGGAGGAGAAGGAGAAGAUGCUGGAGGACUUGUGGCGGGAGCAGCAGGCCACAGAGCUGCUUGCUGCCAAGUACAAGGCCAUGGAGAGCAAGCUGCUCAUUGGGGGCAGGAACAUCAUGGACCACACCAAUGAGCAGCAGAAGAUGCUGGAACUGAAGAGGCAGGAGAUUGCCGAGCAGAAACGCCGUGAGCGGGAAAUGCAGCAGGAGAUGAUGCUCCGAGAUGAGGAGACCAUGGAGCUCCGGGGCACUUACACGUCCCUGCAGCAGGAGGUGGAGGUCAAGACCAAGAAACUCAAGAAGCUCUACGCCAAGCUGCAGGCGGUGAAGGCGGAGAUCCAGGACCAGCAUGACGAGUACAUCCGUGUGCGGCAGGACCUGGAGGAGGCGCAGAAUGAGCAGACCCGGGAACUCAAACUCAAGUACCUAAUCAUUGAGAACUUCAUCCCCCCUGAAGAGAAGAACAAGAUCAUGAACCGGCUUUUCCUGGACUGUGAGGAAGAGCAGUGGAAGUUCCAGCCACUUGUGCCAGCUGGAGCAGGGGUCAGCAGAGAUCCCCCAGUGGGCUCAGCACUCUUUUAUAUGCUUGAUGAAAUGGACCGUGGAAUGUUAUGUUUGGUCACGCCCCCCUGCAGAAGACAGACAUUGUUCUCUGGCUCCUGCACAGCUUGUUCCCCUGUUCAAGGACAGAACGUCCUAUCCGUGAGUUAUUCGGCCCGCUGCUUCUCUUCUGCCUUCCAACUGUCUGCCUUUUGGCUUUUCUCCUUGCUCAUUUGUAUCCCCACUUGAAAUUAGCAAGUAGGAUUGAGAAUAAAUAAUACAGGCAGUCCCCAGGUUAUGAAUGAGAUCUGUUCCUGUCUUUUAGUCGAAUUUGUAGGUAAGUUGGAACAGGGGCAUAAGGUUCUUACUUAGCCUUACUUUAAAACCAAGAAACCAAACCCAUUGCCGUCGAGUUGGUUCUGACUCAUAGCAACCCUGUAAGACAGAGCAGAACUGCCCCACAGAGUUUCCAAGGAGUGGCUGGUGGAUUCAAACUGCUGACCUUUUGGUUAGCAGCUGUAGCUCUCAACCACUAAGCCGCCAGGGUUUCCAGCCUUACUUUAGUGCAAGAAAAAAGGAGGCCUGGUGGCACAGUGGUCAAGCAUUCUGCCGCUAACUGAAAGGUCAGCAGUUUGAAACCACCGGCCCUCCUCAGGGGAAAGAUGUGGCAGUCCGCUUCCAGGAAGAUUUACAAACUUGGAAACCCUAUGGGGGCAGUUCUACUCUGUCCUGAAGGGUUUCUAUGAGUCAUAAUCAACUCAAUGGCAGUGGGCUUGGUAGGGGUUGGUUUGAUUGUUUCAAAGUGAGGGAAAAUUUAGGUAACAUUAAAGGGCAAGUUUAUGUUGUCCGUAAGUCAGAAGGAAGUCAGAUGUUCCUAACCCUGGGACUGCCUGUAGUCAUCUGCCAUGUGUUGAACCUUUUACAGUGUGGGGUGCUAAGUGCUUAUCUUGUUAUCUUUUUCAACAAUUUCAUGUGACAUGGAUUAAAUGGCUGAGGCACAGAGACGUUAAGCCACUUCCCAAGGUGUCUUAGUUAUCUAGUGCUGCUGUAACAAAUACCGGAAGUGGAUGGCUUUAACAAACAGAUUUAUUCUCUUACAGUUUAGGAGGCUAGAGUCUGAAUUCAGGGUGCCAGCUUUAGGGGAAGGCCUUGUCUUUCUGUCAUUUCUGGGAAAUUGUCCUUCCUCUGGUCUAGGAGCUUCUCAGCCCAGGGUUCCGGGUACAAAGGAUGUGCUCUCCUGGCACUUCUUUCUUGAUUGUAAGAGGUCUCUCUCUCAUGCUUGCUUCUCUCUCCUUUUAUCUCUUGUAAGGUAAAAGUGAUGCAGGCUAUACCCUAGAGAAACCCCCUUACAUCCCAUCAGGGCUGUGACCUGAGUAAGGGUGUUGCAUCCUGCCCUAAUCCUGUUUAAUAUAACCUAAUCUUGCCUCGUUAACCACAGGCAGAGAUUAGGAUUUACAACACAUAGGAAAAUUGCAUCAGAUCACAAAAUGGAGGACAACCACAUAAUACUGGGAAUCAUGGCCUAGCCAAGUUGACACACAUUUUGGGGGAACACAAUUCGAUCCAUAACACAAGGUAACAGAGCUUUAAGGGGCACAGCCAGCAUUCAAACCGAGGUCUACCUUACUCCAAAACUUGUGUUCUUAAAAAUGGGAAUAGCUUUCUUGUUUUCUCUCCUUUCUUUGUUUAUUAGUUUUAGAUAAUAAAGUAAUAUAUCACACUCAUCAAAUUGGUUGAAAGAAAAAAGUCUGACAUACUAUGGGUUGGGUAGGAUAUACAGCAACAGAAACUCACAUACCUUUGUGGAAAUGUACAUAAAUAUGACCACUUUGAAAGCAAUUUUGCAAUAUCUAGUAAAGUUGAAAAAGCACAUAUCCUGCAACUCAAUAAUUCCAUUCCUGUUGAAUACAUACAAGAAGAUACCUGUACAGAAAUGUUCACAGCAGCACUGUAUAUAAUUUUUUGUUGUUGUUAGGUGCCAUUGAGUCCAUUCCGACUCAUAGCGACCCUAUGCACAACAGAACAAAACACUGCCCAGUCCUCCGCCAUCCUUACAAUUGCUGUUAUGCUUGAGCUCAUUGUUGUAGCCACUGUGUCAAUCCAUCUUGUUGAGGGUCUUUCUCUUUUCCAUUGACCCUGUACUCUGCCAAGCAUGAUGUCCUUCUCCAGGGACUGAUCCCUCCUGAGAACAUGUCCAAAAUAUGUAAGACACAGUUUCACUGUCCUUGCUUCUAAGGAGCAUUCUGGUUUUACUUCUUCCAAGACAGAUUUGUUUGUUCUUUUGGCAGUCCAUGGUAUAUUCAAUAUUCUUUGCCAACACCACAGUUCAAAGGUGUCAAUUCUUCUUCGAUCUUCCUUAUUCACUGCUCAGCUUUUACAUGCAUAUGAUGUGAUUGAAAAUACCAUGGCUUUGUCAGGCACGCCUUAGUCUUCAGGGUGACAUCUUUGCUUUUCAACACUUUAAAGAGGUCCUUUGCAGGAGAUUUACCCAAUGCGAUGCGUCGUUUGGUUUCUUGGCUGCUGCUUCUAUGGCUGUUGAUUGUGGAUCCAAGUAAAGUGAAGUCCUUGACAAAUUCAAUCUUAUCUCCGUUUAUCAUGCUGUUGCUCAUUGGUCCAGUUGUGAGGAUUUUUGUUUUCUUUAUGUUGAGGUGCAAUCCAUACUGAAGGCUGUGGUCUUUGAUCUUCAUUAGUAAGUGCUUCAAGUCCUCGUCACUUUCAGCAAGCAAGGUUGUGUCAUCUGCAUAAUGCAGGUUGUUAGUGAGUCUUCCUCCAAUCCUGAUGCCCCGUUCUUCUUCAUAUAGUCCAGCUUUUUGGAUUAUUUGCUCGGCAUACAGACUGAAUAGGUACGGUGAAAGGAUACAACCCUGAUGCACACCUUUCCUGACUUUAAACCAAUCAAUAUCCUCUUGUUCUGUCCAAACAACUGCCUCUUGAUCUAUGUAAAUGUUCCUCAUGAGCACAAUUAAGAUUUUUUUUGCUAUUACAUACAAUUGUGGAAUUGAUGAACUGUGACUAAUGACAUUCAACAGUUCUUCAUGUGCUUAUUGGCCAUUUGUACAUCUUUGGUGAAAUAUCCAUUCAAGUCCUUUGCCCAUUUUUUAAUUGGGUUGUUUGUCUUUGUUGUUGAGUUGUAGGAAUCCUUUAUGUAUUCUAGAUACUAAAUCCUUAUCAGGCAUAUGGUUCCCAAAUAUUUUCUCUUAUCCUAUAUGUUGUCUCUUCACUUUCAUGGUGAAGUUCUUUGAUGUAUAAAAGUUCUUAAUUUUGAAGAAGUCAAAUUUAUCUAGUUUGUCUUAUAUUGAUUUUGCUUUUGGUGUCAUAUCUAAGAAUCAAUUUUCAAAAACUAGGUCCCGAAGCAUUACCCCUGUUUCGAUCUAAGAGUUUUAAGGUUUUAAUUCUUACAUUUAGAUUGUUGAUCCAUUUGGAUUUAAUUUUCAUGUAUGGUAUGAGGUAUGGGUUCAGCUUCAUUCUUUUACAUGUGGAGAUCCAAUUGUUCUAUCAUCAUUUAUAGAAGAGACUAAUCUUUCCCCACUGAAUGGACUUAGCCCCUCUUAUGGAUUGAAUUGUGUCCCCCCAAAAUGUGUGUCUUUUUGGUUAGGCCAUGAUUCCCAGUAUUUUGUGGUUGUCCUUCAUUUUCUGAUCUGAUGUAUUUGUCCUGUGUGUUGUAAAUCCUCUAUGAUUUUAAUGAGGACUAAAUUUCUAAUAAGAAAUAUUUUGUGAUUUUUAAUUAGAGGUAGUUAAUGAAGUAGGACAGAGUAUACAGGAUUAGGCUGUAUCUUGAGUCAGUCUCUUUUGAUAUAUAAAAGAAAAAAGCAAGCAGAGAGGAGAGGGGCCUCAAACCAGUAAGAAAGAAGUGCCAGGAGCAGAACAUGUCCUUUGGCCCUGGGGUUUCUGCACUGAGAGGCUUCUAGACCAGGGUAAGACUGAUGACAAGGACCUUCCCCCAGAACCGAUAGACAGAGAAAGACUUCCUCAGGAGCUAGUGCCCUGAAUUUGGACUUCAAGCCUCCUAGACUGUGAAAGAAUAAAUUUGUUUGUUAAAGCUGUCCACUUGUGGUAUUUCUGUUAUAGCAGCGUUAGGUAACUCAGACAAAAUUUGGUACCAGAAGAGUGGGGUGCUGCUCUAACAGAUACCUAAAACAUGGAAGCAGUUUUGGAAUUGAGUAAUGGAUAGAGGCUGGAAGAGUUUUAAAAUGCCUAAUAGUAAAAGCCUAGAUUGCCUUGAAGAGACUGGUGGUGGACUUAUGGGCAUCAAAAACAAUUCUGCUGAGGACUCAGAAAUAAGGCGAGCUGUAACACAGAAGGCACAGGUGACUAGAAGCAGCAGCAGAGAAAUGGCAACAGCAGAACCAGGAGACCAGUGUGAGAUGGCAUGGGAGCUGACCCAUGAAGUGAGGGAGCUGAGUGCCUUUGUACAGGAGCCUUCCUGGCAAAUAGGGUGCGUCUGGGCACGUAACAGUGAAGCUAGGCGUGCUGACCCAUGGAGCAAGAGAGCUGAGUGCCUUCCAGCCGAGGUUUACUGGCAGAGUGGGGUGCCACCAGAUAUCUUGGUAGAGCUAAAGAGUUUUGGAACACUUGCGCAAGCAGGGCAGACACUGGGCUGGCCCAAGGGCCAAGGGGCUCGGAGGCCAAGGAACCAGGAAGCAGAAGCUGAAGAGACAAGGCUCAUGGGAAGCAGAGCUGCCUCAGUUUCAAAGUGUAGGGCCACGACCUCUGGGAUCUCAAAGGGUGGAACCACCACCUGCUGGGUUUCAAGGGUGGGGACACAGCCUCCUAGGUUUCAAAGAGUCAGAUCUUCACCAACUCGGUUCUGGAGUGUGGGGCUGCCUUUCACAAGUGCCAGUGGGAUGGGGCCAGAUCCACUGCCCAAAGCUGAGGGGGUUGGGCUGCCAUGCCCAAGGGGCAGUAGAACAGGGCCUGCUGGGGUCAAGGGGAUGGGGUUGCCACUCAGACAGACUAGGAGAAUGUGGCUGCCCAAAACCAAAAGAGCAGAGUUGUCAUUCCAGUGGGCCUGGAAGGUGGAGUUGAAGCCCAGGGCCAAAGGGCCUCCAUCCAGAAUUCAGAGAGUGUGGUCAACACCCAGAGUUUGGAGGACAGGGCAAUUGCCUAGACAGUAUCAAAGAACAGAGGAUUAUUUUCAAGCCUUGAGAGCUAAUGUAAUAUGUUCUGCUCACUUGCUUGGUGCCUGCUAUCCCAUCUUUCUCUCCAGUUUCUCCCAUUUGUAAUAGAAAUGUCUAGCUUGUGCCUGUUCCACCAUUGUACUUUGGAAACAGUUAAUUUAUAUUCUAGAUUUCACAGAUGAAGGGGAAUUUUGCCCUAGGAUAGAAUUUGGACUUGGAGUUGAUUUAAGACUUUUGGGAUGAUAUGGGGUAAAUGUGUUUUCCAUGUGGCAAGGACAUGAAUUUUGGGGGGCCAAAUGGUGUAAUGUUAUGGAUUGAAUUGUGCCCCCCCAAAAGUGUGUGUCUUCUUGGCUAGACCAUGAUUCCCAGGAUUGUGUGGCUGUCCUCCAUUUUGUUAUCUAUUGUAUUUAUCCUAUGUGUUAUAAAUCCUCAGUGAUGUUAAUGAGACAGGAUUAGAAGCAGUCAUGUUAAUGAGGCAAGAGAUAAUCUACAGGAUUAGGUUGUAUCUUGAGUCAAUUUCUUUUGAGAUGUAAAAGAAAAAACCAAGCAGAGGGGAGAGGGGCCUCAAACCAGUAGGAAAGAAGUACAAGGAGCAGAGCGUGUCCGUUGGACCUGGGGUCUCUGCACUGAGAAGCUUCUAGACCAGGGGAAGAUUGAUGACAGGGACCUUCCUGAAUUUAGACUUCAAUCCUCCUAUACUAUGAGAGAAUAAAUUUCUCUUUGUUAAAGUCAUCCACUUGUGUUAUUUCUGUUAUAGCAGCACUAGACAAUUAAGACAGCCCAGUUGCCGAAAACCAGUUGGUUGUAGAUGUAUAGGUUUAUUUCUAGCUCUCAUUCUAUUCCAUUGGUCAGUAUAUCUAUUAUUAUACCAGUACCAGACUGUUUGGAUUACUGUGGUUUUACAGUGUGUUUUGUAAUUGGAAGUGUGAA